AUGCCAGGGACAGAACUUCCAGACAGUCUGGCCUUAAAGACCCCAAUGGAGAUCCCAGCUCUUGGUCGACUCUUACAUCUGGGGACACUGUAUGACAGUCUCUUGGAUACCUUCAUCCCUGGCAUCACUUUGUGGGACAGGGAGACCCUCAAGAAAGAUGUGACAACAAAAGAGCAAUACAAGACUGACUUUGACAUCAUCAUGACUGAUUCUAUUGAUGAGAAGACCAAUGCCAUGAAUGUCUCUGGGGAGCUCAAAUCAAGUAUGCUGGGGGUGGUUAAAAUAGAAGGGUCUGCCAAAUAUUUAUGUGACACAAAGAUAUCUGACAAGCAACCCCGGGUCACUCUCAAGUACAGUAGGACUACACAGUAUUCCCAGCUAACCAUGAAUCACUUGUGCUAUCAGAACAUCUCUUACCCUGAAGGGAUUGAUAAAGGAACAGCCACCCAUGUGGUCACAGCAGUGCUCUAUGGGGCCCAGGCUUUCUUUGUGUUUGAUCAGAAAGCUUCCACUCAUGAAAAUGUCAAGGAUGUAGAAGGAACAUUGAAAACUAGAGUAAAGAAGAUUCCCAAAGUAGCAGUCAAAGUAGAAGGAAGUAAGAAAACAUCAAGCAAGGAAUUCAGGUGUAAGUUUUAUGGGGAUUUUGUUCCUGAGACCAAUCAAGUGACUUAUGAAGAUGCAGUAAAAGUCUAUGCCUCUCUUCCUAAGCUGCUCAGGGGCCAAGGGGUGCCCCUUCAGGUCUGGCUGUACCCUCUGGAGAAGCUGAGCCCCAAUGCUGCCAAGCUGAUUCGAGGGAUCAGCAUUAGCUUGAUAUGUGAUGCCCAGGACAUUCUGGAGAAGUUAUCUGAGUGUGACAAGAGGUGUAAUGACAUGCUGGAGAAACCAAGUCUCUCAGUCUUUUCUGCAACCAAGGUAAAGCUCAGGCUAUUACAAGAGCUAACAAGCAGCACAGACGACUUACAAAAAGAGAUAGUCAAGGUUUUACCUGUGAUCCAGGCAGGCAGAGCAGAGGAAGAUGAGUUAACCAGGGUUUUAACUAGGGAAAGCCAGUCCCCAUUCAGCUCUAGGAGGCUCUCAGAAUUCCUAGAUCAGAAGCUCCAGGAGAUGAAGGUGGUAAAUUCCUACCUCACUGUCCUGAAGCAGGUACGAGUCGCAGCUGACCAGAGUGACUCGGACAAUGUGCUACUAGACUCUCCCCACAGAUUUGUCCUGGUGUUUGCAAUAACCUCCUUGCAGAAGGAAGCCUACUUAGCAGAUUGGAAACAGUGGCUUUGGAAUCCAGCAUCAUUCAAUCAUAACUGGGAGCAAAAGACAUACUCCUCGUGGGUGGAGGACACAGAGACGAGGAGGAAAGCAAUACAAUUGGCAGAAUCCUUCUCAAUGUUUGUCAAGGUCACUCAUUCCUCUGAGAAGACUCAAUUCAUUGUGGCCUCUAUCCCAGACCAGGAGAAUAAGGGGGUCUCCAUUUACCUUUAUGAAAAGGGACUGCAGAUCAGCACCAACUUUGAGCUACCAGUCAAACCUCCUCCUCCCAAGAUUGGUGAGGUCACACAUGACUGUGUAGAGCUCACAUUGACCCCAACAUCUGGGAAGGAGGAGAGGACCACUGGCUAUCAGGUAGAGUACAAAGUUGUGGGGGAAGGGGACUGGACCCCCAUCCCUGUGUCUGGAAAGCCAGAGGUAUUCAAAGUGGGUGACCUUGAGCCUUGCACAGGGUAUCUGUUCAGGUUGUCUGAGGUGUGUGAGCAAGGGCUCAGUGAGAUGAGUUAUGUGAGCCCUGCUGUGAAGACACUUCCCCCAACUAGCCCUCCUGGGAAGCCAAAAGCUGUUGUGGUCGGACCACAGAAUGUAACCCUGCACUGGCAGGGUCCAAGUGUUGUUGGAACAGGAGACAAGAUCAGGGAAUAUAGAGUAAAGUACAGAGAGGAGACUGAGGCUGUGGGUGAGGAUGGGGCAGGAGAAUGGUAUGAACAGAGAAUAGGAAGCAAUGAGAAAUACUAUGACAUUGAGGGACUGACCCCUCAGACUGUGUACAGGUUCCGAGUUUCUGCUGUGUGUGAUGGUGGCUGGACCAGUGAGAGCAGUGACAGGAGUGACCCAGUGAGGACCCUCUCUACCAUAGAGGAAGCCACAGUCUCUGGAGAACAGGAUGAGAACUGA